AUGUUUAAAUCCCUGACAAUAAGAUUCAACAAGGUGAAGCCUAGUGACGGGAGCGAUGAGAAUAAACAAGGUUCUGAUCCAAGCGGCGAGUCACAGCAACCCACGAGACAGGGAGAAAACAAAAAUGAAAAGAAAUCUCUCAAAACCAAGAUGCCUCCAGUUUCAGCUGAAGAGUCAUACACCAAAAUUCAAGAUAAAAUCUGUGAGAAAAAUACACUUGAAGACAAGACCACAAACCCUGACUCUCAAAAUCCAGCAGAAUCAACUGGAACAAAGCCAGAGCAGAAGGAAAUGGGGACUGGGAAAGAAGGCCUGGUCAGCAAACCCCCUGUUAUUAAUGAGUAUGCCGAUGCCCAGCUACACAACCUAGUGAGGAGAUUGCAUCAAAGAACAGAUUUCUACAAGAGAAAGUUGGUGGAAGGUGAUAUGUCCUCACCUGAAGGCAGCCCCCAAACUGCAAAGCCCACAGUUGUAUCAUCAACACAAGAAAGUAGUGCUAAGCUAAAAGAAGAACAUUAUCAGAAGGUGCCUCUAACAGAGUACCUAAAGCGAAUCAGACUUCCAAAAAGCAUAGAUUCGUACACAGAUCGAUUCUAUCUCCUGUGGCUCUUUCUUGUCACCAUUGCCUUUAACUGGAACUGCUGGCUUAUACCUUUGCGCAUCAUCUUCCCAUAUCAAACACCAAACAACGCACGCUACUGGCUUAUUACGGACAUCAUAUGUGAUACCAUCUACCUUUUCGAUUUGCUGUUAAUCCAGCCCAGACUCCAGUUUAUUAGAAGAGGAGACAUAAUAGUGGAUUCAAAUGAACUAAAGAGACACUACUGGAGUUCUACAAAAUUUCAGUUGGAUGUGGCAUCAAUAAUGCCAUUUGAUGUUUUCUACCUCUUCUUUGGGUUUAAUCCAAUAUUUAGGACAAAUAGGAUGUUAAAGUACACUUCAUUUUUUGAGUUUAAUCAUCACCUAGAGUCUAUAAUGAACAAGGCAUAUAUCUACAGAGGCAUUCGAACAACUGGAUACUUGCUCUUUACUCUGCACAUUAAUGCCUGUAUGUAUUAUUGGGCUUCAAACUAUGAAGGAAUUGGAACUACCAGAUGGGUGUAUGAUGGUGAAGGAAACAAGUAUCUGAGAUGUUAUUAUUGGGCAGUUCGAACUUUAAUUACCAUUGGGGGCCUUCCAGAACCACAAACUUCAUUUGAAAUUGUUUUUCAACUGUUGAAUUUUUUUUCUGGAGUUUUUGUGUUCUCCAGCUUAAUUGGUCAGAUGCAAGAUGUAAUUGGGGCAGCUACAGCCAAUCAGAGCAACUUCCGCACCUGCAUGGAUCAUACCAUUGCCUACAUGAACACUUAUUCCAUUCCUAAGAUUGUGCAGAAUCGGGUCAGGACUUGGUAUAAAUAUACAUGGGACUCUCAAAGAAUGCUAGAUGAAUCUGACCUACUUGAGACACUGCCAACUACAAUGCAGUUAGCCCUCACCAUUGAUGUGAACUUCAGCAUCAUCAGCAAAGUCGACUUGUUCAAGGGUUGUGAUACACAGAUGAUUUAUGACAUGUUGCUAAGAUUGAAAUCCAUUGUCUAUUUACCUGGUGACUUUGUCUGCAGAAAGGGAGAAAUUGGCAAGGAAAUGUAUAUCAUUAAGCAAGGAAAAGUCCAAGUUCUUGGAGGAGCUGAUGGCGCUCAAGUUCUGGUUACUCUGAAAGCUGGAGCAGUGUUUGGAGAAAUCAGCCUUCUAGCAGCAAGAGGAGGAAACCGUAGAACUGCCAACGUGGUGGCCCACGGCUUUGCCAAUCUUUUAACUCUGGACAAAAGGACCCUCCAAGAAAUUCUAGUGCAUUAUCCAGAUUCUGAAAAGCUCCUCAUGAAGAAAGCCAGAGUGCUUCUAAAGAACAAGGCUCCAGGCACAGAGACAACUUGUCCAAAUAAAGGACUUGCCUUUCUCUUCCCACCAAAACAAGAGACACCCAAAAAGUUUAAAGCUCUCCUGGGAGGCUCAGGAAAAGCAGGUCUUGCAAGACUACUCGCACUGAAGAGAGAACAAACCGUUCUGAAAAAAAGUGAAAACUCUGAAGGAGAAGAGGAUAAAGGAAAAAAAUAUGAAGAUAAAGGAAGACAGCCAGCAGAGAAACCACUUGAAACAUCCAAAUGUCGAACAAGUUCUAUUACAGCAGAGGAAGCACACCAGUCAAUUAGAAGGGCAGUUUUACCCAGAGGAACUACCCGUCAAUCACUCAUCAUCAGCAUGGCUCCUUCUGCGGAGGCUGGGGAAGAGGUUCUGCUGAUUGAAGUCAAAGAAAAGGCUAAGCCAUAAAUGUUUGAUUAUCUUUAGAUACAAUCUAGUUAGUUCCCAAAGAGAUUGUAGUCAGGAUGGUAGCUUAAACUAAUGAGAGGAAAAGACCUUGCCGGGACCCUUGAGAAACCAUAGGCAAAUCCCUAGCUUAGUUUCUAGGAUUUACCCUAGAGAGUGUGAUCUUCUGCAUUGGCAAUAAGAAGAUUAUUAAAAAAACCAUCCCUAUUCUCCAUUGUCAUUAGCUUUGCACAAUUGGUAUUUCUCCUAAUUGCACAUAGUAGGUUAUUUUUCUUCCGUUCUUUCUUGAUGAUGUUUCUUCUCUCCAUUUUGAUUAGGUUGGUCUUGGCUCUGAAAUGAUUCACUAACUUUUUCUCUUAAUUGCGCGUGUGUGUGUGUGUGUGUGAUUGUGUGUGUGUGUUAAAGUCUUGCAUCGCACUGUUAGUCUUGGUUAAAUGUUCCAUGUAUAUGAAUUUGUCUCUUACUUUGGGAGUAUGAGAUCUUAAUAAAAUGUCAAAAGUUGGGUGACUUUCAUUCGAGGUAGGGUGAUGAGUCAGUCAAGUAUCAAAUCAACCCAGCAGCUGGGACUGAAGGGAAGCAAGCAAGGGAGCCGAUGGAUGUAAAACCCAACUUGCAGAGGAGUCCCCUGAAGGGCACUGCUGGUCAGCAUUACUAACAAAUCCACAAGCAAAAUCACAUUGCAGCAACAAGUUGGAAAAACUGUACCCUUUGCUAAAGAAACAAACUUUAAUAUUUUCCCUCAUAUCAACUUAAAAGGCUCAUCUGGCUCAACAGACUCAAACAGGAGGAAUCAGAUUGUCCCCAUUUUCAUGGAGGCUAAAGUGACAUUUCUCAGAAACUUUUGCAAGCAUUCACUUCAGAAGACGUCAGAUUUGAGCUUCUUGUUUUCAGCUUUAGUAAAAAGUAACGAGGUUAGGAAGGCAGACUGUACACAUGUCAGAUUGACAUAUCCCUGCAAUUUGCAGAAACUACAUGUACAGCUGUU